AUGAAAAGAAGAUCGAACAAUUUGAACGUUUCGUUUAUAAUUUUGUUAAUAAGUUGUUGUUAUUCAUCGAUCCGAUCGGAAAAUGUUAAAAAUUUUUCAAGUGGGUAUUCUCGAAGUCGUCCUAACAUCGUCGUCAUCAUAGCCGAUGAUCUCGGAUGGAACGACGUGAGUUUUAAUGGUGCUGAUCAAAUUCCAACACCAAAUAUAGACGCGUUGGCUUACAAUGGCGUAAUUUUACACAAACAUUACGUAUUACCUACGUGUACCCCCUCAAGGACAGCUUUCUUAACCGGAUAUUAUCCCAUUAGACAGGGUAUGGAAGGUACUCCCUUACAAGCUGGUGAAAAACGUGCCAUACCUAAACGUUACAAAUUGUUGCCAGAAUACCUUAAAGAUUUAGGAUAUUCGACUCAUUUAUUAGGAAAAUGGCACGUAGGAUAUUACUCGCCACAGUAUACACCAACCAGACGUGGUUUUGACACUUAUUUCGGUUUCUACAAUGGUUACAUUCAAUAUUUUAAUCAUAAUGUUGGGGAGAUUAAAACUCGCUCGCACAUGGGAAAUGAUUUGCACCGUGACACACCGGAUAAACUUUCUCCGGAAUUUUCAAACGAAUACUUCACCGAUCUUAUUACCGAUGAAGCGGAAAAAAUUAUUUUCAAUCAUGAUCCGGUUAAACCCUUGUAUCUUCAAAUAGCCCAUUUAGCAACGCACGCGAGUGGUUUGGACAAUGGCGAAGAAUUACAAGUUAAAGAUAUGAAGAAAGUCAAUGAAACUUUUGGAUACAUCAAGAAUAUUAAUAGAAGAAAAUUAGCUGGUGUGAUCAAUUCUUUGGAUCAAUCUGUCGGUCGUGUAGUCGACGCAUUGAAUAAAGCUCAUUUAUUAGAAAAUUCUAUAAUUUUAUACUUCAGUGAUAAUGGAGCACAAACCGUUGGAAUGUUACAAAAUUAUGGCUCGAAUUAUCCGCUACGUGGGUUGAAGUUCACUACGUUCGAAGGAGCUGUUAGAUCAGCCUCCUGUAUUUAUUCACCAUUGAUAAAAAAAUCAUCUACGAUUUCCGAUGAAUUGAUUCAUAUAACCGAUUGGUUGCCAACCUUGUAUUCAGCUGCUGGUGGUAAUUUGAAUAAUUUGAAUAAUUUUGACGGUGUUGAUCAAUGGAAUACAAUAAAAAGAGGUCGAAAAACUAAACGAAAUAAUAUAUUGUUAAAUAUUGAUAAUAGGAUAGGCGACGAGGCCGCCAUUAUUGGAAAAUACAAGCUGCUCAAAUAUGGACAUUUUAGUAGUUACGACGGUUAUUAUGGUGAUGACGGUUAUUUUGGAGAUAACGGUACAGACAGUUCUUAUCCAAAAUACGAACCGUUAGAUGUUAUGUCAUCCCUGGCAGGUCGUGCCAUAUCAGACAUUACGAAAAAACAAUUGACGGCUAAGAAAAUCCAACAGCUUCGUCAAAAUACCAAAGUAAUUUGUAAACAUCCGAAAGAUUUGACGUAUUGCAUUGAUCAUUGCUUGUUCGAUCUUUCUAUCGAUCCGUGCGAAACUACCGAUAUUUCUCAAAAUAAUCCUGAGAUCGCCGUUUACUUACGUAACUACAUCGAUGAUUAUAGAAAAGUAGUCGUUAACCAAAUCUAUCAACCCAUAGAUCCAGCAUCUUAUCCUGAACAUUGGAAUGGUACGUGGAUGCCAUGGUUGAGCGAUUAUUAAGGUGAUCUAAACAUGAGUUAUAAGAAAGAAUUUUUAAUGAACCUAAAAUGAAUCUAAUGUAAGUGUGUGAUAUUUUUUCCAUAAUAAAAUAUCAUCUCAUU